AUGUUUGGCACCUGGAGACGAAGUUCGUACGAGCGGCUUGGCACGAACGACGACGACGGAGGCGAGUCCGGAAAGCCUGCGCGACAACACCAACACUGGGCAAGUUCUACAGUGCAUGUGCUGCUCUUGGCAAUACAAUCAACAGCAAUUGCCUUCCUUGUACUCUACAUUGCCUUGUCGUCGACGCCCAACAACAGCGACGCCGUUUGUGGUGCCCAGCUUUCGCCAUACUCCCCUUACAUAGACACCAAUGUCCUGCAAUACACCACAUUCACAGAAGAGAAUCAUCUGAUGCAGCCCUCUCCGUACCGAGGCCAGCCAACGCCGGAUAUAGAGAUGGCGUGGAAGGAAUUGUGGCGUCUUCCAAGGAUACAAUUCCCCGAGAGCAAGCUAUCUGCUCUAAACAAAACCAACGUCGACCUUUACACCCAUGCUGCACCGCAGUAUGGUGGCGGCGUGCUCGCAAUUCUGAACGUCUUCCACGAGCUGCACUGUUUGAACAUGAUCCGACAAUACACGUAUCGCGACAGCUACGACUACAGCGACGUGACGGCGUUUCGCGCUCCGGAGGAAAUCGUGCGUGGACACAUUGACCACUGCAUCGAAACUCUGCGCAAGCAACUGAUGUGCACUUCCGACGUGACGCCCAUGAUUUUCAUCAAAGAUGCCUCCAGACCGACAGGCAUGAAGCCGGAUUUCAACCUUCAGAGGAAAUGCCGGAAUUAUCAUCAGAUUCAGCAAUGGGCUUUGCGAAACAGAGCGGAGCCAGAGGAGAAUUAUGAGCUGGAGCAUUAGUUCGGGUCAGCUGAGCGUAGAAAGCGAUAGAUUGUUAAUAACGAGAUCGACGAAGAGCUGAAGAACCGUCUAUCAUCUGCCCACUGCUCCGUUGACAAUUUUGUCGAUGACGAAUACAUUCGAUCGGGAGGCGGGUUCGAUGCCGUUUCAGAGCUGCAGGAGCUGUCGAGGCGCCGCCUUUCCAGCAUGUAGAUAAAAUAGGCGCGGCGAACUUACUUCUCACGCCAAGCGUCUUGGGGAGACUUACCAUGGCAACCGAAGCAUAACAGAGGGUUUCCAAUGUUGACGCGUCCACGGAUUCGGGACCGCCAGGCUUCGACUCAUUCAUGGAUGAAAAAGAAAAUGGCAUUGUGCAACGCGGCGCCAGAUGAUGACAACAAGCAAGAAGAAGACCGCAGAAGCAAAGAAGAAGUGGACAAACUGCUGAAAAACUUCCUAAUCCACGAACGACAUCGUGAGCGCGUAUUCAGGCCGCGGUUCCAGCUGCGUCUGGACAUUGUAAGUGCCUGGGCCAUUGAAGCAGAAAGCUCAAUUCUCGACAUCGGCUGCGGGCACGGCGAGUCGUCGAUCACGCUCGCUCUGCGUCUGGGUCCACGAGCACGUAUAACCGGCAUCGAC